AUGUUUCCAACUAAACCAAUAAAUACGCACUUAAAAACAUUGCAGAUUAGUGUAAGAAUGAUUACCUUUGCCAGUGUUGCCGAAAAAAUCAAUUUCCCUAAGGAGGAAGAGAAGAUUCUAUCGUAUUGGAAACAGAUUGACGCAUUUAAUGAAGCUCAGAGAUUAGCUAAAGGGAAGAAGGAGUAUAAUUUUUACGAUGGUCCUCCUUUUGCAACUGGACUACCUCAUUAUGGUCAUAUACUUGCUGGAACCAUUAAGGAUGUAGUAACAAGAUAUGCUUACCAAACAGGCCACUAUGUAGAUAGAAGAUUUGGUUGGGACUGCCAUGGACUACCCGUGGAGUUCGAGAUCGAUAAGGCAAAUAAUAUAACUCGUAGAGAUCAAGUGUUAGAUAUGGGUAUCAGCGUUUACAAUGAAAAAUGCAGAUCAAUUGUCAUGAAAUAUUCAAAUGAAUGGAGAAAUGUUGUUGAAAGAACUGGUAGAUGGGUUGAUUUUGACUCGGACUACAAGACGAUGGACAAAGAUUUUAUGGAAAGUGUAUGGUGGAGUUUCAAACAACUCUAUGAUAAGAAUCUUGUCUAUAAGAGUUUCAAGGUUAUGCCAUACUCUCUUGCCUGUUCUACACCACUUUCUAAUUUCGAGGCGAAUCUUAAUUACAAAAAUGUGGUAGAUCCUUCGGUUAUUGUUGCAUUUGAAUACUAUGAUAAUGAAUACUUUUUGAUAUGGACAACAACACCAUGGACAUUGCCCUCAAAUAUGGCAAUUAUUGCAAAUGCAUCAUUUAAAUAUGUAAAAUUAGCUAAUAAAAAAACCAAUCAUAUUUGGAUUGUCGCAGAAUGUAGACUUGAUUAUCUACUAACCGAAACUCGUCUAACUAGGGAAGAUGUUGAAAUAAUUGAGACUCUAAACGGGUCUCAAUUGGGCGGCUUGACAUACAAGCCCCUGUUUAACUUUUUACAUGAGCGGUCUAAAACCUUGCUUAAUUCCUAUAAAGUGUUAUUGGAUGAUAUGGUUACUAUGGAUACAGGUACUGGCCUUGUCCACGCUGCUCCGUAUUAUGGCGAAGAAGACUUUAGAGUAUGUAUGGACAAUGGGGUUAUACAAAAGGGAGUAGAUUUACCUUGGCUAAUAGAUGCAAAUGGUUAUUUCUUAUCGGAUAUCCCCGAAAUCGGCUCCAUGUACUUCAAGGAAGCAGAUGAAAUAAUCAAAAAGAAACUCAAAUCUAUGGGUCAAUUAAUAACCAAUAAGACGAUUAGUCACUCUUAUCCAUUUUGCUGGAGAAGUGAUACACCGCUUAUGUAUAGAGCUGUGUCGUGCUGGUUUGUCAAGGUGGAAGAGUUUAGGUCGCAACUCAUAGAAUCAACGAUGAAUUCAACAUGGAUUCCUUGGUAUGUAAGGGAUAAACGGUUUUUGAACUGGCUUAGUGAGGCUAGAGAUUGGUGUGUGAGUAGGAAUAGAUUUUGGGGCACGCCCAUCCCAAUAUGGCAAUCACAAGAUCAAGAAGUUAUGCUAUGUAUUGGUAGCAUUUCUGAGCUUGAAAAUCUUGGUAUUGGAAACCCAACAGUUAAAGAUUUACACAGGCACUUUAUUGAUGAUAUUGAAAUACCAGACCCUAGGGGAAGUGAUUAUCCCCCUCUUAAGCGUAUAAGUGAGAUAUUUGACUGUUGGUACGAAAGUGGAUCUAUGCCAUAUGCUAAAUGUCACUAUCCCUUCCAAAACAUAGAAUCAUUCCAGAAAAGUUUCCCUGCAGAUUUCAUUGCUGAAGGGCUGGACCAGACAAGAGGAUGGUUCUACACCCUUAUGAUACUGUCCACCCUACUCUUCAAAAAACCUGCAUUCAAAAAUGUUAUUGUCAAUGGAUUAGUGUUGGCGGAAGAUGGAAAGAAGAUGUCAAAGAGGCUUAAGAAUUACCCAGAUCCUGUUGAUAUAAUUAACAAAUAUGGAGCAGAUACGCUUCGUUUAUAUUUGACAUCAUCGGUUGUCGUAAAGGCUGAGACCCUCAAAUUCUCCGAAAAUGGAGUUAAGAACGUAUUAAAGGAUGUUUUAUUGCCUUGGUACCACUCUUACCGGUUCUUUGUCCAGCAAGCCACCAAUUAUGAAACCCAGUAUUCACCAUUUGUGCCAAAUAACUCCGCAGCCAUCGACUCUGACAAUCUGAUGGACAAAUGGAUAUACUACCUCACUCAAGAUCUACUAGAAAAUUUUCACAAUGAAUUAACACAACUCAAACUAUAUAAAGUCAUGCCCAAGUUACUAAAUUUCCUGGAUAACCUUACCAACUGGUAUAUCCGACUUAAUAGGGAUAGAGCUAAAGGUUGUAAUGGACAAGCAGAUACAUUAGUAACCCUGCAAACGAUGUAUUAUGUGUUGGAAACUUUCACAAAGUUGAUGUCCCCUGUUGUUCCUUUUACCUCUGAAAUGAUUUAUUUAAAUCUAAAAAUAUGUAAUUCUACCGCCUUGCAAUCAGUUCACUUUGAAAUGCUUCCAAAAGCUUGCCACAAAUCCGACCAGCAGAUGCUAAGUGCAAUAGAGAUGAUGCAAGAAGUUGUUGUUCUUGGUCGAGUUGUUAGGGAGAGACAAAGAACACCACUAAAGAUACCACUAUCAACUCUAAGAAUUUAUAAAAUUGAUCGCUCCAAACUCAAAUUACUAGAUCCAUUACAUCAACUGAUUAAGGAUGAGCUAAACGUGUUAAACAUAGAGUAUAUCAAUGAUGUGUCAAAUAUCAAAUUUGUCACUAGACCAAAUUUUAAGGCAUUGGGUGAGAGACUCAAGGCGGAUAUGACCAAAGUAUGUAAUAAGCUUAAGAAUUUGACACAUGAAGAAGUCAAUGCCCUUGAAAAUGGGCUCGUUUUGGAUAUUUUUGGACACAAAAUAUCACAUGAAGAUGUUUUAAUUACAUGUACGUUCAAUUUUGACUCUGAAAGUGAUGAAAACUAUAAGGGAGAAUCUGGCAAUGGAAUCGGUAUAGCACUAGAUUUCAGCAUAACUGAUGAGCUGUUAAACAAAGCUUUCGUCAGAUAUGUAUCAAAUGGUGUACAAAAAUUGCGAAAAUUAAUGGGAUUACAACAUGAUGACAUCACUGAAACAUUUUUAUCUGGAGAUAAGGAUAUUUGUGACAAAUUAACUAUCAAUAAGAACGCAAUUGAAACUUAUCUAAGAAGGAAAGUUACAAUAUUAGGAGGAGAUGUCAUAUCUGCAAAUGAAAAUUGCCCUAAAGUUAUGUCUGAAGUAGUUGAUACAAAUUAUGGUAUGGUAAAUAUACAAAUUAAAAUACAAUAA